CUAGUUCGAGAAGAAAUGCGCUCAAUACGAAACCAACCAACAACAACAACGGCCGCGGCUCCUUCACAGCUUCCUCAGCACGCCGCCCGCCCGCCACGUGAUCCCCGGCUUACUGGUGCGUCAUUGGAUUGGCGAAAACUCGCGAUCGGGCGGAAUCUGACACUUCUCUCCCAUCUCUCAUUUCCUCCCAUCCCACCGGCUCAUGGUCGCAUGCUAUCCUUCCCUAUCUCCCUAAUGACUGCAAAGCAGUCGAGUGCUCCUCGUUCUCGCCAUGUUCCGCCACUUCCAGAUGCCCCCACCCCCCAAUGGGAACCCUACCCAGUCCGAUGCCGCCGGGAGACCCAAGGACCGUACCCGCCGGGCAUGUGAGCGAUGUCGCCAGAUGAAAAUCAAGUGCGAUGGUGCCACCACCUGCAACCAUUGUCGCACCUCCUUCAAUGACUGCGUUUAUCCCGAACCACGUCGCAAACGAAAAGCUUCCCCGCAUUUCGACCGCCUGCAGGAGUUGGAGAAAAGGGUCAAGGCCAUGGAGGAGUCCUAUCAUACCAUCUCGGCCGCCAAAGACUCGCCCCCGUCCGACAAGUCCUCGACUCAACCGCAUCCGUCGUCAACAACCGGCGCCAUCGAUGCCGAUACCGAUCCGACAGAGUCCCGGGCUCAGGCGCGGCCAAGCCAAGGCGAAGCCCGGUUUGGUGUCUCCUCGGCCGACCGAGCUUUUAUAGAGCGCCUCAAGGCGGAGCUGGGAGACUGGCCAGGUGCCGACUUCGACAGCCGACUUCGCAUCAGGGAGAAACAACCCGGCGUCAAGCUCUUCCAGUCGGCCAAUCCGGCGCCCCGGGUCGUCGCCCUGCCACCGCGCGAACGGGCAGAGCACUUGACUAACAUCGCGUUGGAUGCCAGUGUGCUGUAUCAUGUGGUGCAUCGACCAACGUUUGACUCGGCCUUCGAAUUGCUCUACAGCUUGGAUCGGAGUGACUACGGGGAGGGCGAACUGCGGCACAUUCCGCUGGUCUACGCCCUCAUGGCCUUGGGAUGUUUAUUCGAGAAGGUAGUAGAUGGUUCGUCGGAGAGUGGGGAUGAUAUAACCGCGGAGAGGACAAAGUACUUUGCGACGUGCCGUGACCUGGUUGAUCUUCAUGACUGCAGUGACAUUGUAACCCUACAAGCGAUCUUCUACAUGAACCUGUUCAUUCUGAGUACUGAAAGGCUCUCGCCAUGCUACACGUGUCUCUCCCAUGCCUUUUCUUUGGCCGUUCGCAUGAACCUCCAGUUGCCAAAUUCGAGAGACAACCUCAUAGUCGCGGAGAUCAAACGGCGGCUCUUCUGGUCGUUGCGACAACUGUUGAUGGUCGUCGCAUCAAUGUGCGGCUAUCCGCAGCCAAUCCGGGCCACCGAGAUCGACAUUGAACAGCCCCUGGAUUUGGAUGAUAACGACCUCAAGUCGAAUAGGAUAUCCCAGUCCUUGCAAGACCCUGCCAUGAUCCGGAGUAUGUCCGGGUCCGUGGCCCUUUUAAAGCUACAUAAUAUUCUGGAUCGGAUUGUGCAUGAGCUGUAUCCGUCGGGUGGGGUGCGGAGAAAAACCAACAGUGGGUCGAUGAGCCACCUGGUAAGCAAUGAAAUUGUCACGCAGCUUGAGGGUGAGCUGCAGAAGUGGGCUGCGUCACUACCGCUUGGCUAUCGACUGGGAAGAAGUCGAUAUGCUCCACACCUGGAAAAGGCCAAGUACGAGCUGUGGAUGACAUAUUCUCACGUCCAGAUUCUCCUAUAUCGGCCAUUCCUGCAUUACUUUGUCGAUAACACCGAGAGCAAUGGCCAUGCCGAGCACGGAUUCCAUAAAUAUGCCUCGGCGUGUGUUGAUGCCAGCCGUAAUCUCAUCCGUCUGACGGAGGACAUGCAUCGAGAUGGGCUUCUCUACGGGGCACACUGGCGGAUUGCGUACAUGGUUUGCACGGCUGGGCUGUCAUUAGUAUACGUGGUGGUUGGCUCCAAGAGCCCCGACACCGUCAAGGCGCUGAAGGUCGACUUAAACACGGCAAAGCGUAUGCUGAUGUGCCUCACCCCUUACAGCUCCCAUUCCCGUCGCCUUCACGUGGCAUUGACGGUACUGACAGCUACAUUUACCAAAUCGGAUCAUGGGUCGCAAUCUCAAAGUCCGAAUGAUACCGUCGAGGUGGGCUCGGAAAGGCCCAGUGCGCCGUAUACAGCCGGCCUGACGGAGCACGCCUUUGACGCUACCCCCCAGAGGGACCAGAAGUACAUCGGCCCUGCCGUGGAUGAGACGGUAGCGUCCGAUCCGAAUCUCUACCCGCGCGGCAUUGAGACGCAUACUCCCCAGGUCAAUGCGACCGAGAGCUUCCCACUUGUUGCUGUUUCCCAACCCCAAAUGACACAUUUGGACUCUACCCCGGUAGCGUCAGGGUAUGCAGUGCCCCCGCUCCCAGCCAGUUUGCCGGGUGCACCCAUGGCAACGCCGGCGCCCGAGAACGCCACCCCACAUUCAGCGGAACGAGUGAUGGAGGCCCUGUCCGGGGGUCCUCCCACUUAUGGACCGGAGCCAGGGCUCUCGGAUCAGACGUACUACUUGGAAGCGCGACCCUUCAAUCUGCAACGACCCACGGAGGGUGAGGACUACCUGUUUGGGCGCGACUUUGGCGAAUUCGACGGGAUGACGGGAGAUUUACUCAGCUUCGAUUAUCUUUUUUAGACCA